AUGCCCCGUGUUAUUGGCUUAAUGAGUGGCAGUUCAUUAGAUGGUCUUGAUAUUGCUUGUGUAGAUUUUUCUUCGGCUGGUACUUAUCCAGAUGAAAAAUGGAUAUUUGAUAUUGUUCAUGCUGAAACUAUAUCUUAUUCACCUUAUUGGAUAAAAAAAUUAUCUACAGCAAUUGAUUUAGAUGCUCGAUCAUAUCUUCUUUUACAUACAUCUUAUGGUCAUUAUUUAGGUCAAUGUGUGAAUAAUUUUAUUACUAAAUAUAAUCUUAAAUUAGAUGAUAUUGAUCUUAUUUCAUCUCAUGGUCAUACUGUAUUUCAUGAACCAUGGAAUGGUAUGACGGGACAAAUAGGAGAUGGUUCAGCAAUAUGUGCUGAAACACAUUUAUUAGUUGUAAGUGAUUUACGUUCAAUGGAUGUUGCUAAUGGUGGUCAAGGUGCACCAAUUGUACCUAUUGGUGAAAUAUAUUUAUUUAAUGAAUAUCGUCUUCUAUUAAAUAUUGGUGGAAUUGCAAAUAUAACUGAUCGAAAAUAUCAAAUUGCAUUUGAUAUAUGUCCUGCUAAUCGUAUAUUAAAUAAACUUGUUGAAAAAUAUUUUAAUAAAGAAUAUGAUGAAAAUGGUAUAUAUUCAUCUAAAGGUGAAAUAAAUGAAAUAUUAUUAAAUAAACUUAAUCAAUUAGAUUAUUAUAAAAAAAUAUAUCCAAAAUCUUUAUCAAAUUCAUUUGGUCUUGAUAUUAUUUAUCCAUUAUUAGAAUAUGAUAAAUUAAAUAUAAAUGAUAUUUUACGUACUUAUAUUGAACAUAUAAUACAACAAAUAAAUAAUUCAAUACAAAUGAUUAUUAAAAAUGAAAAAUUAGAUCAAUCAACAUAUAAUAAUUGUAAAAUGUUAAUUACAGGAGGUGGUGCACAUAAUAUAUUUUUAUUUCAAUGUUUAAAAAGUAAACUUAAAGAAAAUUUUAAUAUUGAAGUUGAAUAUCCUAAUAGAAAUGUUAUUGAUUUUAAAGAAGCAUUAAUUAUGGCAUUUAUUGGUUUAUUACGUAUACAAAAUAAACCAAAUGUUUUAGCUUCAGUAACUGGAGCAAAAAUGGAUACAAUUGGAGGAGCUAUUUGGAGUAAUUAA